AUGUCGCGAUCCCUGCCGAAGAAGAAUAACCCACUGAUCCUCGCCGACGCGGCUCCCGCCUCUCUCCCUACUCCACCAUAUCGUGCCCAUGAGGCCUUGUCGUCGUCCGUCUGUAACCUUUUGCUGUUCGUGAUCGUAGAUGAGGAUCUCCUUGCGCUUCGCCGCCUUGGCAGGACCAAACUUUCCGUCAAGCCAGAACUACUUUGCAAUGCGAGUAGGCCCGAGAAUCUAGAGUUGUUUGAGUAUGCCCACCUCCGGGCUCCGCUCCCCGAGGAUCUGAAAGGCUCCGAGAUCUUCCCAUUUGAUAUUUCCCGUCCGCCCCGAACCACUUGCUUCUUGAUGCGGAGAAGCAAGGAUGGUUUUGUAAGCGCAACGAUCAUGUUCAAGAUCGCGUUUCCCUGGGCCAAGGCCGAGGAGGAGAAGAAUGAGAGGGAGUAUCUGAGAUCUCGGGAAUACGCAAGUCAGGAGGAGACCGCUCAGAAUAUAUGGGUAUCUCCCAAUUUUGCGUUGGAGCUCGCGAAGGAAUACAAGAUGUACGAUUGGGUCCGUGCAUUACUAGAUCCUGUCGACAUUGUGCAGCACCGCCCUUUGAACGAUAGCCCUAUUACUCCGCCACCGAAAUUUGAGCUGCCGAUGGAUGAACCUAGGAGCCUCCAAAAGACUCUCGAAAUCACCGCUUUAAUGGAGGCCACGAAAAUCACCCCUUCUUCCUACGAAGACCAAUGA